AUGGCGGAUCUGCAAGCGCAGUUGGAGUGUUUGCAAGGCGUGUGGGACACUUGCCAGACGAACGACGAUCAGAAGCAUGUCUUGAUCAAGGCAAAGGCCGAGUACGAACUUCGUGAUCGGAAAGACGUGAUCAAGUUGACACGCGAUCGUAUCGAAGACGCCGAGAAGCAAAUUCAGGUUUUGCGAGCCGAGAAGGCUCGUCAUGCCUUCGCAUCCGUUUUGAUCGAUGGUGACUGUGUGCUGUUCAAUGAUGACCUUGUGGAAGCCGGACUAGAAGGUGGAAAGAGAGCCGCCGGCUUACUCAAACAAGCUGUUGAGGAAGAACUUCGAUCAUCUCCACCUGCGUUGGCCCACCAUAUCCAGGUGGUCAUUCGUGUUUACGCGAACAUGAAGGGCCUGGCGAAGACAUACAAAGACGCUGAAAUUCUCCCACAGUUAGCGUCACUUGACGAGUUUGUACGUGGUUUCAAUAUGGGCGAUCCCAUGUGUGAUUAUAUUGAUGCUGGUAACGGCAAAGAGUGUUCGGAUGAGAAGAUCAAAGGUACGCAAUACAUCGCCCAGUCUUCACACGCAAACACUCAUCUCUCAAAAGCAAUGUUUCGGCACGAUCUAGCGGACAUGCACUGUCAGCAAAUCCUCUUCGGCGGCUCAGCCGAUAAUGGCUAUGCCCGGUUGUUAGGCCCAUACAACGAAGACGACGCAGUACGAAGCCGUAUCACCCUCUUGGAAGGCCCGCCAUUCGCCCGCGAGUUAGCUGCGAUCAAGGACAGAUACCACACUGCAUCAUUCGACAAGGUGUUCCGGAGCCAAAUGCUGGUGAUCACCCCUAGGCGCGCAACGGUGUCUCUCCCGACUCCGCCACGAACACCAUCGGCAGACUACGCAAUGGCCGCUGCUCAGGUUCCAACAGGACCUUCUUCAUCUUCGUCGUCUAGAGCGCAUAACCCCGCUGUCACCAAGCAGCCUACUACAGCUGCUACAGUACUCCUUAACAAAUCUGGCGAACGUGUGGACUCACCGCUGAGCUACACGUCCAAAGACUUCAUGGCGAUGAAAGGUCGCAGGCUCUGCAACCAGUUCUAUUUGCUUGGGAAGUGUUCUUAUCUGGAGAAAUUUGGAAACUGUCAGCAUCAACAUAGUGCUAAAUUGAGUAAUAAGCAGUUGGUGGCUUUGCGAGCUGUUGCUCGCUUGACGUUGUGUCAGGAUGGAAGGGCUUGUAGAGAAUCGGAAUGCCUUUGUGGUCAUCAGUGA